AUGGCUCGAUGGAGCAAAAGCCUUCUGCUAGCUGCCUUCGUGUGCCUUGCCAGGGUUAACAUCUGCUUGAGCUCAACUCUGGGACCAGUUGCACCCCAGGUUGUUGUUGUGACUACAAAUGGCCACCAACUGUCACUGCAGGGCACUUGGGUUCUCAUCCCUCCCCCGGACAAGAGGACGGAGUUUCUGGAGUUGUACCAGGCCUAUGACAUACGCAAGGAACAGCAGGACCUGAAGAUUUUUAAGCUUCUUCGCUCUCCGAUCUGGUUUGGUCACAUGGCGUACCCCGACACAGAAGAGACCGCCACCCCGGUGAGGUUGUAUUACUUUCCGGAGGGCUCCAACCUAGUAGCUCCGCCUGUAAGUUGGGAGCUGUAUUGGAGGCGCGGUGUACUUAUUGCAAUUGGAAUUUCAGUGCAGGCCGACAGCGUGGGCUAA